UGACAUCAUAUGCCACGUUACGCGACAAUGUAAAGUCGCGUGAGGAAGACACCACAUCCAAUUCUAAUUUUGCAACACCUUCAACACCACCACCCGAAGAUUUGGCCACCGCCGCGGCGGUACACAUGAAAAAAAUGGCUGCACCCCUAACACCAGACUCCUUUUCGGAAAGUGAACGCGAGAAAAUGGACUCGACACCGGAGAAUAUCAAAAAGAUCGAUGAUGUCAUUAAUGAUAACCAUCAACGUCUGCAUCAUGGGAAUCAACAAGCGGUCGAUGGUGGUGGUUUGUCACCCCGUUCAGAACGUUAUACAUCGAGUUUUGUACCAAUUGGUCUGGCCGCAGCUGUAGAUGACUCAAAUGCUAAACUCUGUCUUGCCAAGCCACCCGUAUGCAUCAAUCCAAAAGGUAAAAAAUAG